AUGAUAAAAAUGCAAUUGAUAGACGCAGCAACAAAAAUAUAUAAAGCCUAUAAAGUAUCAGAUAAUUCAAGUGUGAAAUUUAAAUUUUUUACAAACUAUAGAUUAGGGAAUGCAAAACUUAAAAUUUUUGAUUUUUCAGAGUUUACAAUAUUUCAUGAGGAUUAUGAGAAAUUCAUUAUUACAAGAUUAAAUGAAUAUACAAAUGAAAUCGAAAUCCAUUGUGCUGAUGUGAAUCUCAUUUUAAAAAAAUUAAACUAAAGAAUUAUUUCUGAUUCAACUCCAUUAGAAAUACAAAGUGUUUAAAAAGAAAGUAUAGAAGGUGGUGUUCAAAAGUUUAAAAAAAUAAUUUCUAUAAAUGGAAAAGAUGAUCAUUUCAUAAUAAUACUAAUUGAUCGAUUAUUAAUUUAUAGUUUUAAAUCAUUAUGUGGUACUUCAAAUGAAAAGGCUACACCCUAUUAAGAGAUAUUUUUUUAACCAAUUUUGGUUUCAUAUAAACCUUAUGUCUCUUGCUAUGAUGAUGAAAAAGUUUACCUAUUUUAAAAAAAUGGCACCUAUAAAAACAAAACUAAUUAAAUAUAAAUUAAUUAUAAAGUCAUAGAUUGUAAGAAUAGUGAAAGGCCUUAGUUAAAUUAAAAAAUUAUAUUCCCCAGUCCUAUUGUGGCUUAAAGUACAGAAACAAUGUUAUCAUAUGUCGAAUAAGUUAAAAUUUAUGAAAAAUAAAUAUUUCAAUUAAAAAUAUACACAGAAUUUAAGAAGAAGGUGUUUAAAUAGGUAAUAAUUGUUGAACCUGGAUAAUCUAUUACUUUUAAGAAGUAAAAAGAAUAUUUAAAAUAAACUGAUGUUGGAUAAAUUCUAUAGAUUUCUAAGAAAGAUAUAUAAAGCAAAUAAUGA